UAAGAUAGAGGAUAAUACAGAGGCGGACGAUGGACCUUUGCCAACCCAGCUGAUUAUGGCAGUCUUCCUGGUGAACCACUGCAAGUUUAAUGGCUGUGGAUUGUCCUUUCCUAACCUUCUAGAGCUCAUCCAGCAUAUCGAGGACACACAUAUAGAAACUAUCACUGAUCCAGUCAAGGAGGCUGUGCAGGAGACUCAGCAGCCGUCAUGCCUCCCGCUUUCUACAGUGCUGAGGUUUUUCAGCCCUGGUGCCCCAAGAACCAUCUCCAGGAAGCAUUCCCUCAGCAAGGCAGGUGGUGGCCCAAAUGCCAAGGUGCAGAAGCUCUCUCACUCCAAAAGCAAUUCCUCCUAUAGCAAAACCACCAAUGGCAAAUCUCCACCUGCCAGCAGCAGUCCCACCUCAGGGACUGCAAUCCACCUCACAUCCACACUCAUCCCCUCAGCUAAGCCGAGUGUCGUCUCGAGUCUGGCCAGCUCGAACGGCAGAGGCUCAAGCAUGGGAGGCUCCAGCGUGGGAACCCCAUCCUCCACACGCGAGAGCACUCCUGUCAGCGCUGUCAGUAACAGCCCCCCAGUGAGUGAUGAUGAGGAUGCACUCAUCAGUGAGAAUGAGGACAGCAAUGACUCAUGGACCACACAGGAUGAAAUACCAGCUGACCUCAUCAUCAAGCUGGCAAGCAAAGGCCACACUGGCAGUAACACUGAGGACAGGCCUUAUGUCUGCCCUGUGGUUGGGUGUCGGAAAAGGUACAAAAAUAUCAAUGGGAUCAAAUACCAUGCCAAGAAUGCCCACAAAAAAGACAGCAAAGUGAGGAAGCCAUACCGAUGUUACUGCGGCAAGAGUUACUGCACCAAUCAAGGGCUCAAGGCCCACUGUGGCCAGACUCACAAGAGUGAGAAUCUUACUGCUGUCACCACUAACACAGGGGAGGUGCUGCAGGUGCCAGCCAACCAGGUCUCCACUACCAAGAAAGCCAUUAGUCUGACCUCAGAGAGUGAAAAGACCAUUGGUGACAUGGGUGGGACUGAUUCAAGUCCCAACCAGAUCACUGUCACAGGACAGAUUAUCAAGGGAGGUUCAGUGGCAGCCUCUAAAGGUGCCACCAACACCACCACCACCACCACCAUAUCCAGCAUCAAUUUGUCAGGUCUUCUUGCAGCCAGUGGAGGGAAGCUUGCCUUAAAAGCUCUACCUAAUGGUCAGCUGCUCUUUUCACAGCCUCUUGAAGGAAAGAUUGCUGCUCUUGUGAAAUCUGACCCUGACCAUGACUUCUGCAGUGAGGAUGGGAAGGGCAACCUUAUCCAGCUAAAAACUGAUGGUAUACAGCAGCUGGAACUUGGCAAAGUGCUCCAAGCUAGUACCAAGUCCUCCCAGCACUCAUUGGCAGUUACCACAUCCACCAUCUCAGUGGCCAUUCCAGCCAGCACCCUAAACUCUCUCAAGCAUUCCCAACGGAUGGGACUGACCUCCUCGGCCAUGCUAGCCCGGGCACUCAAGACCCAAUUGACCUCCACCCCAGCCAGCCUUCCCUCAGUGGUAGGGCCAGUAGAAGGGCAAGAGGAAGCUGGGAUGGUGGGAGGUCAAAGUGUGCUAUUAGGGGUCACCAUGGAGGAGGGCACUCUAUUGGACACUGGUGAUGGCACCCUGUCUGAGCUAUCCGUCAUUGAGUAGAGUUGUUACUACUUAAGGAAGGUGUGUCUGAUGGGUAUCUUGUGUUUGUUGAUUUGUUCUGUUAUUUUGGGUGAAAGUGAAAGAGCUUCAGUACCUUAUAUUUGGCUAUACUGGAUGUUGGGCUCUCAGGGACAGUGACUGCAGACUGUCAUGCAUAGGCAGUGGGCCAAGACUAGAUGAAUGCUGGGUGGAGGGUAGGAGUAGGGGUAGUGGUAGCAGUAGCAGUUAAUAGGAGGAGCAACAACACAGGCACGGGAUUUAGUCCCUGUUGUGUAGUUUUGCAUAAUAUCUAGUCCAGUCUGAAUAUCAAAUAAGAAGCCUUAGAACAUUACAUUACUUCACAGCUUCUCCCAGUCUAUUUUAUCAUAGGUGUUGUAUCUUGUUAACACUUUGGGUCACACAUACAUAAGUGUUCUCCAUUUGGAGCUCUACGGUACCUGGAAAUUCACUAUUAUCUCCAUCCACAUUUUGCAUGUAAGUAUACAGUGGUUUUCAUCAUUAGAGAAUGUUUUGUACAAUAAAUGUAAAUAUUGUCCAUUUAAACUAAUUGACACCAUAUUAAGUGUCUUAGUCCUAGCAGGCAUUACACAGUGAAGCUAAGGCAGUGUUUGGGUGAUUCAUGUGCAUUCCAAUAAGUUGUACUUCUGUAAGGGUGAAAAUGUGGUGAGUGCAGCACUCUGAGAUGAAUGAAUCACUUGGAGAGAUGAGGGUGUGUAUAUAUGUAGGAAAAAUGCAUAUGUGGGAUGUGAGAAGGUAGUUCCUUAUAUUUUGAGAGGAAAAGUUCUAUUAUUGUUCAAAGAAAAGGAGAAAUGGGGCAGUGAAGUGAGAAAAGUGGAGUGCAGGGUUAAAAUGUAUGCAUAGAAGUAAAUGGAACUUGUGCAAUGUCCAUCUCUCUUUGAGAUGAGAAACAAGCUUAAGAAUUGGGAGAUUGAAACUGUUGAUAUACAAGUCAGUAUUUUAGAAGAGAUAGCAGAUUGAAAUUGUGUACCAUGGUGUUUUCUAAGUCCUAAUGUUUUCUGACGUACAUUGGUAACAAAAUACGUGUCCAUGACUGAGUGAGAGAUUGUGAUAGCCACCAGUAGCAGCCUCAAGCAAGGUUGCUUUUGUGUUGGCCUUUGGUGGAAUGGCAGGUACAAGAUGCCGGUGAAGAAAAGAGUAAUGUGUGUGUGUGUGUGUGUGUGUGUGUGUGUGUGUGUGUGUGUGCAUUUCAUUCCUGACUUGUCAAAGGUUCACAGAUACAGUGAGCAAUAAGCUGCCCUUGUUGCUCAGUAAGUCAGUGUUUGCAGUCUCCAUGUUUCAGUGUACAUUAGAUUCUGUACAACUUACAGAUACUGAUUUGAACUACAUUAUGCAUCAUGUGUUGGUGAAUCAGUGUUGUAUGAUUAAGUUAGUUACAGUUAUAAGAUGUACUUUUGGAAGAUGUAUUUGAAACUCUUAAAAGAGGUCAUGUCUACAUUUUAAUUUUAUCAGACUUAGAUGAUUAAUGAACAGAAACUGCAAAUAGGGAACCUGUCCAGUAAAAGUUAAAAAAAAUGAUGAUCAAGUGAGUAGAGACUUGCCUUGUGUGUUACAGGGUAUGUAGAUAACCAUUAAUGGCUGAGCAUGUAAUGCCAUGUGGCCAUGUGUAUAUUUGGUGUGUUCAGUGUUACUGUAAGUGUGGUGUUGGCGCCGAGUGACAGGACACAUCCUAGGCUGCCAUCCUCCAUUGGCAGUGUUUUCUCCCAAAAGGAGAGCAAGCUGGAAAGAGGCCCAAUACUGCUGAAUGACCUAUAUACCUGUGUGCCUUAGUAAGCUUUUGAGUUACCACAACCAUUGUUAAGCUUCUCACAGUGUGUCCCCAACAGACCAAUCCUAAUGCUGCAAGGUUACCAGGCAGUGCAGUAAGUUACUCUGUGAUGGCUUGCUCACACAUAAGUGUUCAUGCCUGGCGGGGAGCUGUACUUUAUAACAUGCCACAUAAUGGUUUUUCUGCUCAUACAAAUGUACACAAACUUGGCUCACAAACUGUCGUGAUUUGUUCUGCUCGGCUCGUGUUGUCAUCUGUGUGUGUCUGUCCAAUUAUUUUCUUACAGAUAUUUUAUAUCCCUGUACAUACCUUGUUUACCAUGUAUAUGAAGAGUUUAUGUAAAUUUAGAGUCUUUUCCUAUAUUACAAUAAUGACAAAAUUAAAUUUCAGAGUAAAUGAACUCUGUAGUAUGAUGUGAUUUUGAGGAAAAGUUUAAUUUAGCAAAUUAGCUCUUGGUGAUAUGUGUAACUCAGGCUUUUUAGUGCAUCCUAUUAUCCACAAGUUUGGUAUCACAGUAUUAUCUGCAAUAUCUAAGCUAUGGUAAUAUUAAUCUCCUUGCCUUUAUUGCCUCAAAUGAUAUACUUAAUCUCAGUACUAUUUAUGAUUUUUUCCAGCCAGUAUUUGUAUUUUCCUCUAUUUCAUGUUAAACCUUUUACAUUUGAAAUCUUCUGAAUUGGACACACUUCAGAUGGCAGUAAAAGUGAAUGUAUGUUUUCCUGCAUCUUGCACCACAGUUACUAUUAGUUUGAUCAUGAGCCAAAAUCCUGUUCUCUCUGCAAGCACUUUGAAUCAUUGACUUAUGAGUCUAAAAGCAUCUGUGUUGGAAUCCAUGGCAUUGUAUAAGAGCAGGUGUUUUAUAGACAAGAUCAGAAUUAAUAAUUCUCAGGGUUUGCAGAGAAGAGGAAAUUUGGCCAUGUUUGUACCUGCACAAGGGUUUGGUACACAUCACUAAGGUGUGGGGAGCUCUUGGUCCACCUCUUUGGAGCUGAGGCUUCAGACUGGGUGUUGAGCAGGUGUGUCGUGCCAAAGAUAUCCUUUCUUGCCAUGAUAUUCCUAUGGUAGGUGACUUACUUCUUCCAUUGUAUGUAAUACAUCACAUUUUCUUCAUAUUUAUCUAUAUAUUUAAGUAGUGAAGAUGUUCACUAUUGCUGUGCCUGAUAUGAUGACAUGACAUACUGAUGAUGCUCCUUAAUAAACUGUAAACAUCACAGUCUCCCAUUCCUGAUUUGUGUGGAACAUUGUAACUCAUUUCUCGAGCAAUAUUCAUUACCGCUGGUAUGGACUCUGUAGAAAUAGUUUAUCUAAAAUUAUACAUUUCAGUUUUUUAAAAAGUUACCCACUUGAGAAGAGCUUGGAUUGUUAGGUGUUGGCAUGACCCCUAUCAUGUGGUCAUAGUUUUCAGUUAUUGAAGGUAUUAGAAUGUGGUACUUGGCACUGGCAGGAGGCACCAAGAGGCAUGUGAUACGAGAUAUAGUGUGUGUGGUGGUGUAAUUGCUCGGGACGAGUGCCAGAUGUUUCAUUGCUUGGAAUCUUGUUUGUUGUCGGGUGUGUGGCCCUGCUGGCAACUACCUUCUUGUCUCUCUUGUUAUACAUUUAUGUAUUUAUAAUUUAGUUUUAUUUAAAGGUUAUUGUUAUUUUAGUAUUAUUCUCAGCUCUAGUCAUUCUUAUGUGUAUGGCUUUAAUGUUUAAAAUUCUUGUUUAAUAGAAUUUCUAUGCGGUAUUAAGAUUCCUUAAAUAAAAAUUACUUUAUU